CGUGGCGUGCCUACGUGACGCCUGGCAGCGCGGAACUAUUUCUCCAGUGUGUGGCGCCCUCCGGCGGUAGCGAAGCGCCAAUGUGACAGCCAGUUCUGAGUGCCUGCCAUGGAGCCGCAGAAAGAGGCACGAACGUGCAGGGACCUGGGCGAGCGGCCGCCAGCCGCCAAGUCUCAGACGCCUAAAGAGGAGGGGCGGCGGGAGAGUGGCGCAGCUCCUGUGGUAGCUGCUCUAGGCGAGGAGGUGGGCAGCGCCAGUGUGGAAGGGCUAUGGGACCUGCCAGUGGAGCCGUCUGAUCGGAGGCCCGAGUGCAGUCGCUGCAGCCGGCCUCAGAAAGUGUGUUUGUGUCCAUUUCUACCAGUGCAUCCUCUGCACAUCUCUACCCACUUGUACAUCGUUCAGCAUCCAGCAGAGGAAAGCAGAGUGUUACGGACAGUUCCUCUACUGGCAGCAUGCCUCCCUCAGGACAAAUGUAGAGUCAAGAUUGGUCGUCGCUUCAGUGAAGAAAGAGAUCCUGAACUUUCAAUGGUUUGUCGGAAGUCUGGUACAUUAAUAUUAUAUCCAGGGGCCGAAGCUGCUAAUUUGGAAGAAUUUGUAUUAGACUCUCCUAUUUAUCCUUCCACAAUCAUCAUCAUCGAUGGUACAUGGAGCCAGGCUAAGGACAUUUUCUAUAAGAAUUCCUUGUUUCGACUGCCCAAACAGGUGCAGUUGAAAUCUAGCAUUUCCAGUCAGUAUGUAAUUCGGAUGCAACCAACUAACAGAUGCCUGUCUACCCUGGAAUGUGCAGCUGUUGCUCUUUCCAUUUUGGAGAAAAAUAAUUACAUACAAGAGACUUUGCUUCGUCCUCUUCAAGCUUUAUGCUCUUUCCAGCUUCAGCAUGGUGCUCGAAUUCGCCUCAGCAAGGAACACCUUCUGAAAAAUGGAUUAUAUCCUAAAUCAAUGCCAAAGAACAAACGCAAACUCAGGAAAAUGGAACUGUUAAUGAGCAGUGUUAAAAUUUAGUACAAAGUUUCUUACAGUGCUACUUAUGGUGUCUUUGGCAGACAGUAUCAGAUUAAAUUCUCAUACAAUUUAAGUCUGUGGGGUUUUUUGAGUGUCUAAAGAAUGAGGAU